UUUUCCUCCCUGGUGACCUUGAGACCUUGACCUUGUUCGCACAUCUGUGUUGUGCUGGGCUUUCCGGUCGGUAGUCUUCAUUUCGUUCUGCAUCGCCUGCUUGUCACCAGGUUUUACUCUCCACUUUCUCUUCUUUCUUUUGCUAAAAGCUUUGUUUUAAAACAAAAAGUUUAAAUUGUGUGCGUCAUGAAAAUUAUAUUUUUUUGUGUUCUUGUAGUGAUUUACUACUUACAUCCUACUGUGUCAGUUCCUCCUCCAUGUGUGGAAGACGGCCAGGAAUACCCUCCAGGGGCGAAGUGGACGGUGGUGGUCAAUGGAGAAUGUGAGGGAAGAAGCUGCUCACGAACUGGUGAACUGUCCAUGUCAGGGUGUCCAAAAUACAAGCUCCGAGAGGGCUGCUACUUGACUCGAGGAGAUCUGACCAAGAGCUACCCCGACUGCUGCCCCAAGCCGGUCUGUCCGCCGCCGCCAUAGACGGAGCUGGACACAGAGCCCAGAAUAACAUUUGCAAUUAGCGAAUAACAUAUUAUGAGCGUU